AUGUCAACAAUCGGCACAACAACAAUUCAAGCCGCGAACGGCAGGACUCUGUCCACAACAGCACCAAACUCGUUAGUCAUGAAUCCAACAUCUAUGUUAGUAGAGAUGGAAAGCUUCAUUCCUUCUUCAUUUACUUUCGAAACAGAAAUACAAAGAAUAAAGCAGGAACUUUUAACAAGUAAUUUAGACUGUAGUGCGAAAGAUGAAACAAAUGAACAGUAUCUUUAUGACAUGCAGGACAUUAUUGACCAUUUACCCAAAUUGCCUGAAAUCCAACAACAAAAGCUCACUAUUCCUGAAUUCGACGAAAUUGAAGUCAAAGCAACUGACUCAGUAGAAAUAAAGAAGUUCAUACGAAAGGUAAAUUAUGAGUUUCUAGGAUAUCAUUGCAACCAUAAAAUUAUGGACAAAGAUUGCGACAUGAUUUAUAAAAACAUUUCAGAUAUUUAUAAAUCGGGGGAGUUUAAGACAUACGACAACUUUGUUUCAUUAGUUGCAAAAUGUGUAUGGCAGAUAAGAGAUAAAGAUAGAAGAGGUAAGGUAUGGCAUGAACAGAUAAAACCAACUGCUUCAGAUUUAAAGAAAACCAUUGACGCCUUAGUUGUUUUAGCAGGUAAGGUUUCAGAAUAUAACGCAAAAAUGAAUCCGCAAUGUUCUAAAUGUAAAGCAGCAAUGGAGUGUGGUAGAAUUUACGAAAAAGUGACACUUAACCUUAAAUUUUCAAACACUAUUUUUUGA